AUGUCUUCCAGAAUCACCCGCUCGUCGGUUCGUCACGCUGCCAACCAAGCAGGCCAGCCACCCUCGCAAACCCUCCACGACCAAGACCCGAGCUCCACCACUCCUGCCCUAGCCGCAGAAUCGCCCGCCCGUCAGGCUGCGACGGCCGCCACCACCCCCAAGGCGCCUGCUGCCCCCGCCCACCAUCAAGAGCCCGCGCGAGCCUCAACCCGGAAACGCAAGUCUAGAGACUCCACCAACUCCCAGCCCGAGUCCCCAGACCAGCCCACCUCGGCUCGCCGUCCCAAGCGCCAGAAGGCCCUCGCCCCGGACCAGCCUCCGCCACAGCCGCCCUCCCAGUCGCCAGCCGCUUCGACACGCAGCCGCAAGGGCAAGGCACUUGCGGCCAUGUCAAGCCCAGAUCCUGCCGCUGGCCCCUCUGGCCCGGCCGAGUCGUCCUCGAGUCAGAAGCCGAGCAGGAGUAAGAGAACAACCCAUGCGUCCGGAGAGCCGGGAGCAAGCUCAGCUGCCUCCACCUCGACCCGUCGAUCCUCAAAGCGCCCGCCCAAGGCCGACGCCGACCAAGACACGCCCAUGACGGGCACCCAGGAGGCGCAGAAGGCCAACCUGCCUCCACCUCCACCCCCGCCCGAGCCUGCCAGAGAGGACAGCGAUGAGGACGACGAUGACGAGACCAACCGUUACGAAGAAGACGAAGACGAAGAUGAAGACGACAUUGAUCCGUUUGGUGGCUUCGGCGGUCCUCCUCGCGGUCUCGGUGUCUCUCUACCGAUGCUGCACACGUUGAUGUCUGGUAUCGGCUCGAGAUUGCGGGAUCUCUUGACCAGCCUGCGCCAGAAGGAUGACCCGUCGAUGCAACUGAUCGCUCUCCAGGAGCUUUCCGAGAUUCUGCUGGUGUCCAACGAAGAUAACCUGUCUGGCCACUUCUCUCCCGACGCUUUCGUCAAGGAGCUGGUCGCCCUGAUGCAGCCACACGAGAUCACGGGCGAGGAGAACCCCGAGAUGAUGCUGCUGGCCUGCCGCUGUCUGGCAAAUCUUAUGGAGGCGCUCCCUCCCAGCGUCGCCAAUGUUGUCUAUGGUGGGGCCGUGCCUGUCCUUUGCCAGAAGCUACUCGAGAUAUCCUUCAUCGACCUCGCCGAACAGGCCCUGAGCACACUUGAGAAGAUCUCGUACGAGUACCCAGCCAGUAUCGUUCGCGAGGGAGGCCUGACUGCCUGUCUGUCGUAUCUCGAGUUCUUCGCCACGAGCACCCAGCGGACGGCCGUUACCACCGCCGCCAACUGCUGCCGGAACAUCACCGAGGACUCGUUUCCCGUCAUCAAGGAAGUCAUGCCCAUCUUGCUCAAUGUGCUUAGUAGCAGCGACCAGCGGGUUGUGGAGAAGGCAUCGCUGUGCGUCUCCCGCAUCGUCGAGAGCUUCCGCUACCACCCGUCCAAGCUGGAGGAGCUCGUGAGCGUCGACCUGCUCAAGGCACUGCUGCGUCUGCUGCUGCCGGGCUCCACCAACCUCAUCAGCCCCGGCAUCCACACCCAGUUCCUGCGAGUCCUGGCACACACUGCCCGCGCGAGCCCCCAGCUGUCGGCCGAGCUGUUCAGGCUCAACAUCGUCGAGACCCUCUACCAGAUCCUUACGGGGGUAUCGCCCCCGAGCGGCACCGACGAUGUCGCUUCCAAGCUGGACAGCGUACUUAUCAUGCAGGCUUUGAUCCACCGCCCACGAGAGCAGAUCAUCGAGACGCUCAACGUCGUUUGCGAGCUUCUGCCUGCCCCGCUCAACAUCUCAGACCCCACGUCCCGUGAAUUUGCCGACGUCUCGGCCGAGCCCGUCACGCCGUCAUCCCAAGGCUCCGGCAACCGCAGGAAGACGGCAAACGAGAAGCGGGUGGAUCUGUUGGAAGACUGCAAGGAGGAGGUCCGGCGUUUUUCGCUCAUCCUCUUCCCAACAUUGACUGAUGCGUUCUCGAGCACGGUCAAUCUCAGCGUUCGGCAGAAGGUGCUGACAGCGCAGUUGAAGAUGCUGUCAAACCUCGACACGGAGAUACUCACCGAGGCGCUCAAGGCUGUGCCGUACGCCUCGUUCCUUGCAUCUAUCCUCUCACAGGGCGACCAUCCAACGCUCGUCAUGUCCGCCCUGCAAGCUACCGAGCUGCUUAUGAGUCGGCUGGAUAGUGUCUAUCGGUACCAGCUCUACCGGGAGGGCGUCAUUGCCGAGAUAACAAAGCUGUCACUUGAAGAGCCCAAGGCCCAGUCGGAGGAGGGUGUCAAAGCCGCCGACGAGGCUCGCCCUGAGACCCCUCGACAGUCGACCGCAUCGGCCGAGGCCGAGGAUAAGUCGGUCCAACCAGACUCGGACGACGAGGACAACGAGGAUGGUGACGAUGACGAGGACGGCGACGACGAUGGCGGGGACAUGGAGCACUCGCACCAUUCGUCGGAUGACGAGGGGAACGACAACGACGAGGAGAACGAAAACGAGCACCAGAUUGACGACAUAUCUGGGUCCCCAGCCAGCUCUGAUGGCUCCACCAUGUCCAUCGACGGGCCGCCUCGCCACAUUGUAUCCAGUGCUGAUUCCAUGCGGCAGCGCAUAACCGAGGCCGCCAAAAAGUUCCUUGAGACGCACGAGACGGAGAAGCACGGCAAGCUGAUGAAGAAGAAGGCGACCGAGAUUCUCGACAGUCUCUCGGCUCUGGCGGCCGAGAUCGAGGCCUUUUACAUCCACCGGAGCGCCCAGAGCCUUGUCCCGGCCAACGGCGUUGCAUUGUUCAAGCGGCUUGCGUCCUAUUUCGACUCGGAUGUUCUCGAGAGCGUCACGAGCGCCGAGCUUCUGGCAUCGGGUCUGGUGCGGGUUUUGGAGGAGGUAUUCAACAAUCAGGACGAAAGUCUGGCGACAGCGGCGCAGUCCGACUUCCUCCAGGUCUUCAUGGGCUACACAGUCAAGUCGAGGCCCAAGACGGCCACGGCCGACUCGCCCGCGACGCCCUUCAGUGUCUUGAUCCAUAAACUUCAGGAUCUGCUGAGUAGGUCUGAGCAUUUCGAGGUCAUCACCGUCCACCACAACUCGUUCGACGGGAACCGCAGCAGCGCCGCGUCCAUGCUUGCCAAACAAAUUCGGCUCAAGCUUGUCGCCGACGACGACUCUGAGAUCCCUCGGGCAUACCGCAACAUAAUGGUUUCCAUCCAUGCGAUCUCGACGUUCAAGUCCCUUGACGACUAUCUUCGCCCUCGCAUAUCAGCGUCCGAGAGGCCGCGACACGCAUCACGCGGCGCACUGUCUCGCGCCAUGGCUGCCGUGGCCGCCGGAUCCGCCGGCAUCCCCCUUAGUGAGGCCGCCGCUCGACUGGCGGAGCAUCUACCCGGCCUGGGUGGCCCCGGCGCCCCGCCCUUGUUCCCUCCCUACGCACCCUCUUCGUCUGCCUCCCGGCCAUCGCGCAAGUCAAAGUCUUCCAGGUCCAACCCACAGCCCGAUGCGCCUAGCACCCCAGAGCAGAGCUCGACUGGCGCUUCCCGUGAGAAGGGUGUGUUGCGACGGUCUAGUCGCCGGCAGGCGGCCUCGGCAGAUACGCCCCCUCCGCCUCGUCCGCCCCCGGAGGAGGAGGAGGAUCUGGCCAGCGCCCUAGAGUGUGCCGACGAGAAGCAGCUGGCGGAGGACGAGGAGAUGGGUGAGAGCAGUGCUUUGGACGCGAUUGUUGGUGCGCUCGACGAGGACAUGGAGGACGACGAAUCCACUCCCGAUCCGACUGCCGUCAACAUGGAGGUUGCCGCUGGCGGAAAGAUCACGGCCCGCAAGGAGGAUGGCACUCGUGUCCCAACGCCGUCGCAGUCCGUCUCGGUCGCUCCACCGCCUCCCCCUGCGGCCCUCGCCAGCGCCACGAGCAGGGCUAGUGCUCUUGCCGCCGCGCUCCAGAACUCCCCUUCGCCUGGCGGGCCCUCUCGGCCCUUGUCGUAUGCGGCGGCGGUCCAAGCCACGCCUCAGGACUGGCACAUUGAGUUCAGCCUCGACGGAAAGGUGAUCACCAACGAGACCACCAUCUACCGCGCCAUACACACGCCGCCCGUCACCACGCCUGACGAUCAACUGAACCGGAACGUGUGGUCUGCCGUUCACCCCAUCAAAUUCCGCCGAGUCCCGGGCCCGCGCCCGCGGGCCGAAGGCACGCCCUUUAGCGCAUCGUUCGAGGGCGGUGCAGCCACUGCCGAGAGUAGAGAGGCCGCCUCGCUGGCCAAGCACCCAGCCACUGCUUCCAUUCUGCGUCUGCUCAGGAUGCUCCACGACCUAAACGCCAAUAUAGACGACGUCCUGGUUGAGAACAAGGAUGCCCUCAAGCUGAACGUCGAGCCGCUGUCUCAGUUUGUGAACACGAAGCUCACGGCAAAGCUGAACCGUCAGUUGGAGGAGCCACUCAUUGUGGCAAGCAACUGUUUGCCGAGCUGGAGUGAGGACCUCGCUCGGCUGUAUCCGUUCCUGUUCCCCUUUGAGACACGGCACCUCUUUCUGCAGUCCACCUCGUUUGGAUACGCUCGGUCCAUGAACCGAUGGCAGAACGCCCAAUCACAGGAGGAGUCGCGCCGAGACCGCCGGGACGACAGGCCGUUUCUGGGUCGUCUCCAGCGGCAAAAGGUGCGCAUCUCGCGCUCCAAGAUCCUCGAGUCCGCCGUCAAGGUCAUGGAGCUUUAUGGAGCAAACCAGAGCAUCUUGGAGGUCGAGUACUUUGAGGAGGUCGGCACCGGUCUCGGUCCCACGCUCGAGUUCUACAGCACCGUGUCCAAGGAGUUCGCCAAGAAGAAGCUCAAGCUGUGGCGCGAUACCGACCCGCACGACUCGGACGACUUCGUGGCCAGCCCCAACGGCCUGUUCCCGCGGCCCAUCAGCGAGGACGAGGGCUCAGGCGGCAACAGCGAGCGGAUCCUGGGCCUAUUCAAGAUGCUGGGCAAGUUUGUGGCCCGGUCCAUGAUCGACUCUCGCAUCAUCGACAUCAAUCUCAACCCCAUCUUCUUCCGCAUAGGCGACGAGAAGUCGGGCGUACGGCCCUCGCUCGGUGCCGUCAAGGCCGUGGACCCUGUCCUCGCCCAGUCAUUGAUGCUGAUCAAGAAGUUCUCGCUCGCCAAGAAGGAGAUUGACGAGGACCCGCGCCGCACGCCAGCGCUGAAGGUUGCCGACACGGAGAGCAUCAUGGUCAACCACACCCGCAUCGAAGACCUCUCGCUGGACUUUACGAUGCCUGGACAGCCGCACAUCGAGUUGGUGCCCAACGGUUCGCACGUGAACCUUACCAUCGAGAAUGUCGACUUGUACCUGGAGAAGGUCCUUGACAUGACUCUCGGCAGCGGGGUGCGCAGACAGAUCGACGCCUUCCGCAAGGGAUUCUCUCAGGUUUUCCCCUACUCGGCCCUCAGCGCCUUCACGCCUGACGAGCUCGUGUCUCUCUUUGGGCGUGUCGAAGAAGACUGGUCUCUUGAAACUCUCAUGGAUUCGAUCAAGGCGGACCACGGCUACAAUAUGGAUAGCCGUAACGUCAAGAACCUGCUCCAAUUCAUGAGCGAGCUGACGCCUGCCGAGCGACGCGACUUCCUGCAGUUUACCACCGGCAGCCCCAAGCUCCCUAUUGGAGGUUUCAAGAGUCUGAACCCCAUUUUCACGGUGGUUUGCAAGCCCAGCGAGGAGCCAUACACGUCUAACGACUACCUCCCGAGUGUUAUGACAUGCGUGAACUACCUGAAGCUUCCCGACUACACUUCGAUCGAUGUGCUGAAGCGACGCUUGAUGACGGCCAUGAAGGAGGGCCAGGGAGCAUUCCACCUGUCUUAG